UCAUAUGUUGUCGUUUUCUAUAAAGGCAGACGAACGAGACGGACACCGCCAUUGCUAAACGAUAGUAGUCGCUCCUUAUCAGUGCACCUUUGUCAAACUGUUCCAUCAUAUACUCUACAGAAUGUCUGACAAAAAAGAUUACAGCAUUUCUCCAAGCCUUUCCCGGCAGUUAGAGGAACCUUCUUGUCAGAGAGGACCCCUGAUGCAGAACACCAGUUAUUCCAACCUGCCUGAAUUCAGUGUCUCACCUCAUGGUCCAUGCUACCACUAUCCUCUAAUAUGGACCCCAAGUAUUCCUCCAACAGCUGCAUAUGGAACCACUGCUCCAGUUGUUAGUUAUGGACAGAUGGCGGUUGCACCCCCACCAUCGUAUUCAGAAAGCUUAACUCAUCCCAUUGUUGCUUCCCAGCCAGGUGCUCCACAUCAGUAUCCUCAGUAUUCGUCAGCAACUGCUGCCGCUGCAGCAUCAGCACAACAACUGCAAAUGAUGUACUUACAGAACUUCGCUGCUGCCCAGCAGGCACAAAAGGUCGCAUAUGCUCAACAGCAGGCAUACCAGCAACAUCAAAUGUACAUACAGCAGCCUACAGCUUAUCCUCAGCAAGUUACUGGUUAUUACCCUGCACAUGCUGCAGCUAUGCAACCAGGACAAAAUGUGUUGGUAAUGAAUGGCUAUGAUGCAGGAGCACGCUUUGAUGCCAUUGCUCAGCAGUCCAUUCCACCCCCUCCUCCUGGUAUUGCCCCAAAUGCUGCUCAGUUGGCUGCAGCUGCAGGUGCUCAAGUUUCAGUUUCCCAAAAGAAAAAUUCAUUCCUGACUGGUGGGUCAGGAGGGGGAUAUACAUUCUGGUAAUUGUAUAGAUGACAAUAAUUUGUAUCAGUGUUGUUUAUAGUGUGGCAGGAGUUUUGAGGUGAAGUAGUUUGUAUGCAUCACAUUUUGAUAGCAAACUAAUAUAGAUUAGAUAUUCUUUGAGCAAAAAUUGAGGUAAUCAAUUUCAUAUGGUUAUGAAUAAAUAAAAUUUCAAGUGGCUUGAUCAAGACCUGUAUUUAGGUCUGACUGUUUGGAUGAGGUGUUAGGUAAUUUGCUUUUGUUCAUCCAUGGUACUUUUGAGUUUCAUAACAUGAAGAAACUCGGUACCAAAAUGCAUAUAAACAUACCUGUACAUAUUGUUAACAAAAAUAUGUACAUUUUUGCUGAUGUAUAUAUUUUUGCAUGUAUUACUGUACUUAGUAUGUAAAUAUACAUGACUGUAUUGGGUGCAUCAAGAUUGCAAAAUACUCUGUGCAGGGAUUCUGUGAUUAUUAUUUUGUGACAUAUGAUGUCCAUUUUUAAUCAUGGAACUGAGACUUUUCGAUUCAUUUUCUUCCAUGUAAAAAAUGUAGAAUGGUUACCACAAAUGAAAUUUAGGUAAGUGUUUUUGUGACUAUUUAGAUAUAUAUACAGUAUAGAGGAAUUUAUAAGAGAGUUCAGAGCUCCGAAUAAAUAUAUCACUUAAACCUUUUCAUUAAUCUUUUUUUAUUGUCUUGAUUAAAGUUAAAUUGUAUUUGCCGAUAGUUUAAAUAACUUCGGUUUCAUGGUUAUAUAAUCACUCCUUUAUUGUAUUACUUAUGCAAAAUAAAAAUAAAUUAAUUUGG